CAAAAACACGGGAACAAAAAACAAAAAACAAAAUAAAAUCGAAGUGAGAACGGAGACUGUAGAUCUCUCCGUCGCUAAGAUGACCGAAGAGAGAGAAGCUCCAAUGCUUCAGUCUCCAAUGACAGGGUCAUUGGAUGAUGAGAUGGAAGAAAAGGAGAAUCUUUGUUCAGUCCAAGAAGACAAAAUAGGGGCUUUGAUGCAGAGAAAUAGGAACAAAAAGGUUGGAGGAUGCAACUUGAGGAAAAGCUUGGCUUGGAAUCAAGCUUUCUUUACUGAGGAAGGUGUACUAGAUCAGAUGGAAUUGUCUUUUCUUAGUAGAUCUACAAAUAAAUCAAGUGACAAUCUUGCGUCGGUUAGCGAGAUGUCGCCACUGACAGAGUACAGUAAAAGCAACAUUAAGCCGCCACCUCAUGGUCCUGUUACAAACUCUAAAAGGAAAGAUUCAAGGCCCAGAAAAUUAUUCUCCUCAAGCAAUGAGGAGCCAGAAGCACAUGGGAUGACAUCAGGAAAGAAACCUUCAGCCAAAGGCAUUUUCAGAAAUAUUCCACGAUCACCAUCUACACAUUCACAAAAGAGGGUUGCAAAUGUGAGUAGAGUAAAUCCAACAUCAAAACUCCCAAAGUUCACACCGGCAAAAUUACAUUUACCUUUUCCCACAACUUCGAAGAAUGUAACUACAAAAAGUUCCAAGACUGAUCAUAGUGCUGUUAAAGUUAAUGUUGGACAGAAUGCUAGUGCAAGACUGUCCAAUGCAAAAAUGGACCUUGCAUGCUCUUCCUCUUCUUCCAAAUUUUCUGCUGAAAAUCAUGGGAAAAUUUUGGCUGAGAAUUAUACUGCCACUUCAAAAACGAUAACAAACAGAUCAUCCUCGUCCAAGUUGCAUGUAGCUGUUUCUUGUGCCCCUGCUAAAGCAGCUCCUUUGCUUCCACAAAGCCAGGAUUCAGGAGGUCAUCCUCCUCCCACAAAUGCAAGGCCAUCAGCAUUGCGGAUGCCAUCUCCGUCAUUAGGAUUUUUUCGUCAGGAAAAAGUUUCUCCUUCAUACCGCAAUCAAAAUCAGGGACAAACCCAACCAUCAGAAUGUAAAAUAUCUUCUCUCAGUAAACCUAUGAAUCUGAGACCGAUUGGUUACAUGAGGCCUCUAACUACUUCAGUUGGAUUGCAAAAUAGAAAAGGUACUGGUGCAGCAAAUCCUAAUGCAGCUUCUGUCAUAUCUAGCAGCUCUCAGGCCUGUUUGGCUUCGAGUUGCUUGAAGCCGCCUGUGCCUCGUGAUAUUUAUCUUAGAACAGAAACAAACUCAGAGAUUAAUCGAGGUAAUGUUGUUAGGAGAACACCCAGUAGUUCUGAAAGGUCUUGCCGUCAGAUGGAUAGUAGAGUACAGUUAGGAUCUGAUCUCUUGCUGGUUGACCAAGAUAUUAAUGAGCAGUCUGUAGUAUCACCUUCACAGAAUCCUGAUUUUGGUAGGGUCAGGGAAAUAGAGCAUGGUGCUAGCUCACCAAAGAUGAGCAGUGAAUCCUUUGUGCAAAGUAUCCAGCAAUUUUCAAAAAUUAAUGUUCCCGGGGAUAAUUGUGAUGAUUACCCACCUCAAGAAGAUUCCAACAGUGAUCUUUCAUGUUCCAAGGAAUCACAUUUAUACUCUGAGCUACAAGAACAUGACUCAAAAGAAGUACAAGGUGUUUUCAGGGAACAUAUUCUGUCCAAAAUGUUAGAUGACAAAGUCGUGAGAGAUAGAACAUAUUCAAUUUCCACUGAGAAGAAUCUAUCAGCUGGAAAUUCUAAUUUUUCCUGUCAUUAUCCGGUUACUUUUGAGAACAAACAAUCAGUUGGAGCUUCUGUUUUUCCCUCUGACUUGGAACUUUUGUUUACGGCCAGAAGCAAUUUGUUUGAUGCUUCAACAGAAGCUGACCUGUCUAUAGGAAAGGAAUCUCCAAGUGCUUAUUCUAGUAACAGUUUUGAAGCUGAUAUUCCUUUAUCUUCAAGCUCAGGGAUAUGCAGCCAUGUUGCAGCAUCUAGAUGGAUCGGUUUGACAAGUGAACCAAAUAGUAACCUCUUAGAAAAGCAUGAACCAGUGCAUAUAGAAGAAAUGGAGUUUCAAGAUUCCAGACCACAUUGUGACACAAUAAAAGCCGUCAGCUCAAGGAAACAGGAUUUGUCGAUGUGCGAGCAUACGACAGGUACUGAUGCUUCACGUGGUGAGGUUUUGCCUAAUGCAGUACCAUUCUCAGAUGAGUGGGUAGCUGCUCUUGAGGCUUUGGGGGAGGACAUACUGGAAAAGAAAACAGGCCCUGUACAACAUUCGCCACCAGAUAAAGCUCUGCCAGAGCCCAGUCCCUGGUCACCGGUUAAGAAGAAGGCUCAAGAUAUCGGGCCAUAUGACUGUACUAAGUACUCAAAGAACCUUCAAGAAAUUUGAAGCGGCAAAGUUACUGUAGCUUCAUCCUUCGAUAUACCCCUCUUCUUUUGCUUCUUCCUCGGUCUAGAAAUGGUUGUAGACACGUAGAGCGUUCCCCGUCGAAACUACAGGCAUCAAUUGUACAAGUAAUCGUAUCUCUGUGAAGGGAACCUCAAUUUUUUGAGCUGUGUACGGCCGAACAAUUCCCUGUGAAAUCAGUUGAACUUUUGAGUAAAACAGUCAUUUGCUUGCAUUAGUUUUCGGGCUAACCUUAAUUUGCAUUCCCUUAGAGCUCUGUACAGUUUGAAGGAUAUUUGAGAUAUACUGAAACGAGCUCCUACUUAA